AUGGGGUACAGCAUGGGUGGCUUCGGGGCACUCCAGCUGGGUUGCCAUGAACCCGAGGCCUACGAUGCGGUGGUCUCGAUCGCUGGCUAUGGCAUGGGUACCUGUGAGUCCACGGAGAGCUCCGGAGCCCCACAGCCCAAGGGACGCCGGGUUUUCGACUGGUACUUGGAGAGAGAAGUCCCUCAACUGGCAAACGUGCCCAUCGUGCUGGCCGUUCAUUGCCCCAUCGACACUGUCUCAAGCUUCCGUGACGUCAGCGCCAUCGUCGAUGUGGUGAGCGAAACCGCCCGCCGCUCGAGCAAGCGCUGCUUCGCACGCACUGUGGAG